CUAUUUAAACCCCGUAAGGCGGAAUUGGACCUUCACUAAGCAGUCGAGAUCGUCCGAGCCAAGUUGAACAACACCCCACCUUGAAAAGCAGAAAUACACAAACCAUCCAAAAAUGUGGAAGAUUGCAUUUGUCGCUGCCCUUGUCGUCGUUGGGGCCGUCUUUGCAGCUGACGAGAAAAAAUGCACUAUCGUUUCAGAACUGGAAAACAAAACUGUGACUGUAGGCGAUAAAUGUAACUGGAUUGAGGACUGCAAGCAAUGCGGUGACUGUGACUGGUUUAUCUACUGCAACAAAACAACCGAUUUGUGGACCAAGGGUGAUUGUGACGUAGAGGAAGAAGCCGACGGAAGCAUCUUUCUGGACAAAAAGUUAUUCUGGAAGCUUGGAAACGAAACCGACGUGGGGGGUCACUGCGCUCCAUGGAAAAGUCUGAAACCCGACGAGGCAGCCGGUUACAGGGCGAAUGGUGAAACGUGUAAAGAAAUUUGUAAGGUCGAGGGAGACUCGAAAAAUGCGAGACUAUUCCAUUACACGGAACCUGACAUUGACAACAACAUUUGGAGGGCUAAUCCUGUUCCGCUGUGUUGCGAGGAGGGAACCCGCUUUGAUGAUAGCAAGAAGCAAUGCGUCCUCUGCAGGGGGGCAGCAGACUGUAACGCGGACUGCCCAUAUUAAUACUUACGGAUAUUUACAAAUUCUCUAGUUUUUCCAUAAUUACGGGAGAUUAUUAAAAUUUGUGUGACAAUCAUUUAUGCGAAAAUAAACACUUGUGAAAGAGAUGAAA